CCGCAUCGUGACACGCUGCCUAUGCCCCAUCCACGUUGCUAUAAUAAACUCGGGCAUGCCAUCCUCGCUAUCGCAAGUAUUCUAGUUGCCACCCGCCGCGGCCGCACUACUUUUCCUCUUCUACCUUUACCUCUACCUCCUAUCCACCCGGCCGUGCUACCUCCGUCACCGUAUCCUCCGCGCAUCCUCGUCGGCUUCCAUGCACGCCGCACGGCAGGCCUGCCGACCAAAACACCAGGUCCUCGUCCUGAAGUGUUACCCAAAGUUCCAGAAGAACAAUGCCGACGUGAAAGCGAACUCGAGUGAGCUGAGCUACCUGCUCUACUAUGCCAGCACGCGACGCAGCAAGCUGCAGAAAGUGGGCGACUUUCUGGACAAGCGCACCACGGCCGAUGUAUGGAAGGGCCGCACAGGAAACGUAAAAGUUAGUCUCGAGAUCCUCAAGGCCCUCAUCGAGAAAUGCCCGCAAAACCUGUCCCUCUACGCCAGCUCCGUCCUGCGCAUGCUCCGCACCAUCCUCAAGUCCGACGAUGUCUCCAUAGUCGAGGAGUCCAUCCCAACCUUCAAGAGCCUCUGUGCGCACCAAGACCCCGCCACCCUCGCUGCUGACCAAGACUUCAUCAAGCAAUACGAGGAGAUUGUCCAGCUAUAUGCGCAGUUUGCAUCGAAAGAGGUCGUCAAACACAACAAGACGCCCAUCAGUUGGCCAGUCGCUAUCAGAUUCCGCAAGGCCGGCCUCCAGGCGCUGAAAGCGGUUGCCUCGUCGGAAUCGCUCGGAUCCGAGACUGGUCGCCAAUUGGCCGUAAUACUACCCGUUAUCCUCUUAAACAUAUACUCAGAAAGCGGCGACUAUCUCCGGGGGCUCGAGAGCCGCGAGCAGGAGAAGGAGGAACACGAGAAAGAAAAGGACAUUCGGCGGAGGCAGAGCGUGUCCACAGUACGGACGGCCGAGGAUGAGGAGGGCGAUCCUAUCGCAGCAUCAGGGACUACGGAAGAUGCGGACAAGCUUGCGGAAGAGGAAGUCGGCAUCGUCGCUCUACAGGCGCUGAGAAAUAUUUUCAUAGGUGUAAAUCGUGGUCAGCUCCGCCUCGCCACAUCUGCGGUACUGAAGUUCAUCGGUGGCCACGCCAAACCGCACCAACACUUCCCUGCUCAUGAAGGCAGCAAUGACAGCUGGCCGGCGACUCUUCUGGCCAUGAUAUGUCGCUGGGCGCCGGUGCAGGAUCGAUACACAAUUCUCGUCGGCGCCAUGGAAACGCUCAUCCGAAGCCCCAUCAUCGAGGAUGACUUGGAGCGGCAACUGGUUCUCGCAACUGUACUUGAUUACCUCCUAAGCUCGACUAUUAAUUUCAUUGGACUCAGCGUUAUGGAUGUAUUGAUUGGGCUUAUUUCUCACACAUUACUCCUUCUUCAACUCGGCGGACCCGGAACAACAAUUCUGCCGCAUCACUCGCAGGCGACUCCCGUGACGUCGGAGAGGGAUGUAAACAACCCGAAGUCGUCGGGAAGUCAGGGCGGAGCGGUAGUAGAACUGGUCAAGGAACCAUCACAUUUCCGCGUGGAGCUACUGAAUACACUACAGAAAUGCAUGGCAAGCCUGUCAACCCAUGUUUAUUACACCGACCAGAUCUCCGAUAUGGUAGCGGCUAUCCUCACUCGCUUAAAGCCUUCGCCGUCAUCAGGGGUAUCCAACACUGCGGCUGCAAUUGAGGAUCCGGUUGGAGCAGUGGAUGCAGUAGCCAGCUCUGCAAGCCUGCACGAGAAGACUGCUCAUGUCGAUAGAUUCUUUUCCUUCGAAACAGCCCGGCUAACAGCACUUGAGGCCGUCAAGGCCAUCAUUAUUACUGCAAACACUCGGCGGCCCGACGGCUCCUCGGCUUCUGUUUCUCGCGGCUCCAUUGGCAUCAGAGUGUGGGAGGGCACGCAGUGGCUUCUACGCGAUCCUAGUGGCAAGGUCCGGAAAGCAUACGUUGAUGCGCUGAUCACAUGGCUCAAUCUGGAAAAGAAGAAAGAAGACCUAAGGGUUGUUGAAGACCAUCGAAAGAAGGAGAACGACAAGAACGGUCUAGCCAGAAGAGCUGUCUCGAAUGCGUCGGCUAGAGAGAAAUCCCCCAAGCGCGACAAGAACAAGUUCCUGGCGUUGCUGCAUCUAGCCGUUUAUGAUAAUGCCCUGCAAUUCGUUGAUUCUGAAGCUGAUUUCCUACUGCUGCAUCUCCUCCUAUCCACGUCCAUCAACAAGCUAGGCGUGAAUGCAGUGCGGAGUGGCUUGCCUAUGAUUCUCCGACUGCAAGAGGAUAUUCAAAAUAUUGACAAUCCUGGGGCCAAAGUUCGGAUAGGAAGCUUGGUCCAUGGCUACCUCUGGGCUCUCAGCAUGGCUUUGGACUUUGAAACCUCAUCCGUUGGACGAGCACUCCAUUCCGAGAUCUCCAGACGCAACGACAAAGGACUUUGGGUGAAAACCAUCCGCAUUCCGCCUAUGCCUCUCGACCGCAUCGACGUCCCGAACUCCGACCCUGUCCGUGUCUCCAUAGAUGCCGUCCAGGCCGAGGCCUUAAAACCCUUUGACAAUCGGUCUGCUCUCGUCGACAAAAUCGCAGAAGGCUACUCUUCGUUGCUCUACUCGCCACCUUCCAGUCCACCAAGCUCUCCAGGCCGCUCCCUGAGCAUGCCCAUCAUCGCGCCACAAGCACUCGGACCCGCCCCCCAACUCCCCUCAAAGGUCAAAGAAGAGUUGAUGUCCGACUGGACAAAGGAUAUCUGCAUAGCGUCUAAUACCAAAGACUCUUCUUCGGCGUCUAUGACAGGUUCGAGAACUGGUACAUCCGCUCACGCGACGCAGCAAAAGAACAAUUACCUUGGCAUCACGAUUCCGAACGGGAACCUGGACAGCGUAAAUAAUAGCCCGCUACAUACUCCGAGGAGGGGCCAUAGUCGACCGCCAUCAACAGCUUACGGGCUUGUUGGACGACUGAGUUCCCCUCAUCGGACGCGCAGCCCGAGCGCCACCCCCGGAAGCACGAGUUCGGUGCGCUCAGCCGUGAGAGUAGAGGACCUGAAGCGUGUCUUGAGCGGCAAGGAACCUCCUCGAACGAGUUAUUCUACGCGGGUUGCAAGCCAUCACCACCACCAUGACUCCGCCACUGACUCCUCAGCUUCAGACUCCAUGGUAAGCGUGCACAGUCUGUCUGACGCGAGCUUCGUAACCGCAGAGCACCCUCCGCACCCGCUGCCACAACCUCUUUCCUCAAACUCCCCAGAAUCCCCACCCACUCCCGCCACUACCCUCAACCCUCGUCCGCUCACCAGCCAUCCCCCUGGUGCGGCAUCGUCCUCUCCUCCAUCCCCUCACUCCCCUUCCACAUCUACAUCCGCAAACCACGCAGCUCGUCAACACGAUCAAGCGUUCGCUACACAUGGGGUCCCACCCGUCCCUCCCAUCCCUGCCGCCCUGCGUGAAAAAUCCGCCUCGCCGAGCCCGAAAGAUAGUCACAGGCCUAAAACGGCGCCGAGCAGCGGGACUGUGAGUGGGAAUGGCAGUAUCUCUGUCCGUAAGAGUCGGGCGCUUAAACGAGGUGUAGUGGGAAGUCGGAGUGUUAAUGAGGGGAAUGGGAGCCGUCCUAGGAGCGAUACUGGUGUGAGUGGUAGUGGGAUCGUGGAGAGGGAUGGGAGUAGGGGGGAGAGAGGAAGGGGUAGGGGGGCGGGGACGGGGGUGGUGAAGAAACCAGAUUUUAGUGGGUUUUUGGAUAGUAUUGAUGUGGAUGGUGGUGAGGACGACGAGGACGGAUACGAAGAGGAUGGGGGACUAGGGGCUAAAAAAGCGCCUUACUAGACAAGCGUAGUCUCGGGCGGCCGGUUUUGGUAUAGCAGGUUCUUGGUGGUGUCAUGUCUGUCGUGUAUACAGACAGGUUUCGCUUCACUUCCGACUACAUCUCCAGCCUUUCCUUAUAGCGUUCUUGCUCCCCUCUUGUUUUUUCUCCCUUACUACCUAUGUAAGUGAGCAAACUCUGUAAAUUGGUCGGUCUCUUUUAAAAGCGUCCUUGUAUCGCGUUCUAUUGUAGUAUAAUUUCUUGUGUAUGAAAAAGAAGCUCCUGAAAAAGAGUUGGUCGAAAAUAAUACAAUCUUAACCCAGG